AUGGUCUUCUUAACUUUGCAGAAAUCUCAGAAGUUCCUGGCAAGCUCCCGGCAAGUGCAUAAAACUGCUGCUCACGUGGUGGCCAGGAGUGCUCCGGAGGAGACCGUGACCAGCAGCUUUGCCUCCUUUAUCCACGCAGUCCGUCCUGAGCACCUGUCCAAGAUCGUCCGUCACAGAAGCAAGAGGAUGAUCCUUGACAGCAUUGGUGUUGGCCUUGUGGGCAGCACAACCCAUGUGUUUGAUAUUGCCCUGAAGUACUGCCUGGAGCUGUACUCUUCAGUUGCCGUGAGCAACGUCUAUGGCAAGCCUGGUGUGAAGCUAUCCCCGACUCUGGCUGCGUUCACUAAUGGUGUUGCGACUCACUCCAUGGACUUUGAUGAUACCUGGCACCCUGCUACUCACCCAUCAGGGGCUGUCCUGCCAGCUCUGCUGGCAGCUUCUCAGAUGCUACCUCCGAACUCCAAACCCAAUGGCCUGGAUUUCCUGCUGGCAUUUAAUGUGGGCCUGGAAGUGCAAGGAAGGCUCAUGCAUUUCUCCACUGAGGCUUACAAUAUUCCCAAAAGGUUCCACCCUCCUUCAGUAGUCGGUACUAUGGGCAGUGCUGCAGCCACUGCAAAGCUGCUGUCUCUCAGCAUGACCCAGUGUACCCAUGCCUUGGGCAUCGCUGCUUCGCUCGCAGGAGCACCCAUGGCAAAUGCUGCCACACAAGCCAAGCCAUUGCAUAUUGGGAAUGCCACCCGCCUGGGCUUUGAAGCAGCACUGCUGGCUGCCCGAGGAAUGGAAGCUAACCCUUUCAUUCUGGAUGAUAUCUCUGGUUGCUCUGGAUUCAGUGCUUUUUAUAGCAUCUAUCAACCCAGACCACUGCCCACACCAAGUGAGCGUCAUGAGUUCCUCUUGGAGAAGCAGGAUAUUGCUUUCAAGCGAUUCCCAGCCCACCUGGGGAUGCACUGGGUGGUGGAUGCUGCCUUGUCCGUUCGGAACCUCUUCAUCAACUAUGCAGGGUCCUUCUCUCCCUCGUUGAUCCGUACCAUUGUGCUGAAGAUUCCAGUGUCAAAGUACAUCAAUAGGCCUUUCCCCAACUCAGAACACGAGGCCAGACACUCCUUUCAGUUCAAUGCCUGUACAGCCCUGCUGGAUGGAGAAGUGGGCCUCAGCUCCUUUACAGAGAGCAGCAUCCAUCGGCAGGAGCUGAGGGAACUGCUCCACAAAGUGGUAGUGGAGCACCCUGAAGAUAAUGUGGCUAACUUUGACAAAAUGUACGGAGAGGUGGCAGUGCUCCUGAAGAGUGGGGACAUCCUGACAGGCAAAUGUGACACUUUCUAUGGGCACUGGAGGAAGCCUCUCAGCAGGGAAUCACUCCUGAAGAAGUUUCGAUCCAAUGCCUCUCAUGUGCUUCCAGAAGAAAAGGUAGAAACCAUCAUCACUAUGGUGGACAAUCUGGAGAACCUGUCAGAUAGCUCCCAUCUGGCCUGUAGCCUGUGA